AUGCGCAGGAGAGAGCAGAGGCUCUUAUCAAAAGUGGCGUCCAAACAAUGCGGCAGUCCGUAUGAGGAACAGAAACUCGAGCACAGAAAAACCAUUAACUCUUAUGUAUACUGUGAGACACACCGACGCCUACGCAGGUCCAUCAAGAACAAAAGACCGGGGCUGAUCACGGAGGGUGUGGUUCUGCUCCAUGAUAACGCGCGUCCACACGUCUCCAGAGUCACACACAUGGAACGGGCCAAGUUCGAGUGGGAGACGUUGAACCAUCCGCCCUACAGUCCGGAUAUGUCGCCCUGCUAUUUCCACGUGUUUGGUCCACUGAAGAAACACCUGAAAGGGAAGCGCUUCAACUCGGACGGCGUACUCAAGGACGCUGUGAAGGAUUGGGUCUCGUCGCGGCCGCAGGAAUUCUGGGAACAAGGAAUCCUGUGGCCUGUUCAUCAGUGGGAUCGUUGUGCUCAGGCCUAUGGUGUAUAUUUUGAAUAA